AUGGUUUUUCAAGGACCUUGGAUUAUUCUUGGUGAUUUUAAUGAAGUCAAAUUUUCUCAUGAAUCUAAGGGCUGUCAAUUUUCUCAUCAAAGAGCAGACAUAUUUGCUACUUCAUUAGGAGAUAGUGGCUUGUUUGAUCUGAAGACUAUUGGGAGGCGGUUUUCUUGGUACAGGAGGAUGAAAAAUUAUGUUGACGUGGCAAAAAAGCAUGAUCGAGUCUGUAUAAAUAGUAGUUGGUUAUCUAUCUUUCCAGAAGCUGAUGCAGAAGUUUUAAAUAGGCUUCAAUCUGAUCAUUGCCCUAUUCUGUCAUGGUGGUCUGGUAAUAGAGGAAUUCAUGGCAAGCUUUCGGAAGUACAGAAGAAUUCACUAGAGUUUAACUCGAAGAAAGAGCAACAACUGCUUGAUGAUUAUAAUAAUACUCUAGUGCAAGAAGAGCUCCUAUGGUUCCAAAAGUCCAGAGAGCAGUGGGUAAGGUUCGUGGAUAGAAAUACAAGAUUCUUUCAUAUUCAAACUCUUGCCCAAAGGAAGCAUAAUAAGAUUCAUGGCCUUUUUCUCAAGGAUAGAGUGUGGAAAACUGAUCCAGAGGUUCUGAGUCAAGAAGCAGAGUCUUUCUAUAAAAGCUUAUUCUGUCAUUUGGAUGAUGUUGAUUUGGGUUGCCUUGCUCUGGGUCCUGAUGAGUUUCAAGCUUUCUUCUUCAAAGAAUAUUGGGAGAUCAUUGGUCUUGAUGUUUGGAAGAUAGUUAAGCCGAUUAGUCUCUGCAAUGUAGUUUACAAGAUCAUCACGAAGGUCCUUGUUAAUAGGCUUCAUCCUCAUCUUGUGGAGAUUGUUGGCCCGCUUCAAGGAGGAUUUAUUCCGGGACGAGAAACUCCUAACAACAUCAUUAUUGUUCAAGAAGUCCUCUACUUUAUGAAGAAGACUAAAUCAAAGAAAGGCACACUGGCCUUUAAGAUUGAUCUGGAGAAAGCUUAUAACAGAGUUGACUGGAGGUUUUUAGCUCAUACUCUUAAGAGCUUUGAUUUUCCUAUUCCUACAAUUAAUUUGAUUAUGAAUUGUGUCACUGCUUCUUCCUUAUCUAUUCUUUGGAAUGGAAAUCGUCUGAAUGGCUUUACUCCUAGCCGAGGUCUUAGACAAGGAGACCCUAUGUCACCGUAUCUUUUUGUGUUGUGUAUGGAGCGAUUGGCAUGCUUUAUUAGUCAUCACGUUGAUUUGGGCUUGUGGGAGCCGAUUGCUAUUUCUAGAGGGGGACCAAGAAUAUCCCACUUAAUGUUUGUAGAUGACUUGCUUCUAUUCUGUAAAGCUACAAAGAGACAAGUGCAAAAUAUGAUGUUAGUUUUAGCGACUUUUUGCAAAGUAUCUGGGAUGAAGAUUAAUGUGGAGAAGUCUAAAGCACUUUGCUCCAAGAAUAUCUCAGCAACUAGGAAAUAG